CCAAGCCAGGUACACAAAGUGUAAACUGUAAAAGUGAAGUGAAAAUAACAUGCCGCCCAAGACCAGUGGAAAGGCAGCCAAAAAGGCUGGAAAGGCUCAGAAGAACAUCACCAAGAACGACAAGAAGAAGAAGCGCAAGAGGAAGGAGAGCUAUGCCAUCUACAUUUACAAGGUUCUGAAGCAAGUCCACCCUGACACUGGUAUUUCGUCGAAAGCGAUGAGCAUCAUGAACAGCUUUGUGAAUGACAUCUUCGAGCGUAUUGCUGCCGAAGCAUCUCGCUUGGCUCAUUACAACAAGCGCUCAACCAUCACCAGUCGGGAAAUCCAAACGGCUGUGCGCCUACUGCUGCCGGGAGAGUUGGCCAAGCACGCUGUUAGUGAGGGAACCAAGGCUGUCACCAAGUACACAAGCUCCAAGUAAAUUUGUUUCUCUGCAGAACAAAACCCAAAAAGGCCCUUUUCAGGGCCACAAAA